AUGGAGCCAGCUGGCGAAGCUGACGAGUUUGACCUCCCAGGUGUGCAGCAAGAGGGGCCCAGACAAAAAUACCAACAAAACCCAGGCCAUGAACACGAGCAGAUACCCCUCCUCAACCACCUGCCCUCUUUACAUGAUGUUGAAAAUGAUGAUUACGCACAAGACUUUGCCCAUCUGCCUUGGUACCGUCGACCCUCAAUCGAAUGGAUCUUAGUUCCCUAUCUCGUCCUGGCCCUGAUCUAUGGCGGCAUCAUCUCCCCGAAGAUCAACCUCAUCGUCGACCUAGUCUGUCGACAAUACUAUUCCGUGCACCGUCUCGCAGACCCUAGCUCCGUGCUUACUAUCCCGAGCGCCUUCGACGAUGGCGCCCAUGACCUAUGUCGCACUCCCGAAGUCUCCCAAAGAGUCUCCCUCUUCAUGCUGAUAGGAGACCUGCUCGGUGCUAUCCUUCCCGCCAUAGUCAGUCCUCGUUUGGGCGCGUUGUCGGAUUUGUACGGCCGGAAGCCCAUUUUAAUCAUAGGCAGCCUCGGAUCUAUGUGCGGCGAAAUCGUCACCAUCCUCGCCGCUUCCUACCGGGACACCAUCAAUGUCAAUUGGAUGCUUCUCUCGUUUUUCCUGGAGGGCAUAACCGGCUCUGCUAUCCUGGCCAUGGCCAUGGUGAACACUUAUGCCACCGACUGCGUCCCUGCCCAUCGCCGCAGCACGGCUUUCGGCUACUUCAAUGGCUGCACGUGCAUAGGCAUUGCACUCGGUCCCAUUUUGGCGGGCUACGUUGUGGAGUGGUCGGGCAGCAUCGUCACCGUGUUCUGGAUCAUGCUGGGCGUCCAUGUCUGCUGUGCUCUGUUCGUGCUCUUCUUCGUCCCCGAGUCAGUCUCUAAGCGUCGCCGGGAAAAGGCACUGGAGAAGGCAGCACUGGCCAAGACAGCUCGUCGGGAUGGGCCUUCUUCCAUGCAAUACCUCAACCCAUUGACUCUGCUCGAGCCACUCAAGAUCCUGUAUCCCACGGGCCCUGGCAGUACUCCCGCCCUGCGACGGAACCUCGUGGUAUUGGCUGCCAUGGACGCCAUCAUGUUCGGGGUCGCCAUGGGGAGCGCCAAUGUCUUGUUGAUCUACGUCAACUACCAGUUCGGCUGGGGGACCUUCGAAUCGGGUCGAUACCUGACUAUUGUAAACAGUACGCGAGUGGCCUUUCUGAUGGUCAUAUUGCCUGCCAUCACCCACUUCGCACGCGGCCGGGGGUACGGCCGGGCUGCAUCCAACGAAGGCAGCGACUUGUUUGACCUCAGCAUCAUGCGGAUCGGCAUUGCCCUCGAAACCUCGGGCUGGGUCGGGUACAGCCUGGCAGGCCGAGGUGAACUUUUCACAUUUUCCGGCGUCGUCGGAGCAGCAGGCAGUGUCUCGUCCCCGGCCUUGCAAUCGGCACUCACCAAACACGUGCCGUCGGACCAGACGGGACAGCUCCUGGGUGCUAAUGGACUUCUUCACGCCUUGACGCAGAUCGUCGCGCCUGUCAUCUUCAAUGCCGUAUUCGCGGCGACCGUGGGCAAGUUCACGCAGGCCGUCUUUGUUUGUCUGGCCGCUACGUUUGGUGCAGCUUUCGUCAUCAGCUGGCUUGUCAAGCCUCAUGUAUACUACGAUGCGGACGAGGCUUUUACCUCCAUCUCGGGAUCAACGACAAACGCGGCGUCUGCGGAAUGA